CUAUAUAUAUAUCUGUAUUUCCAUAGAAUUUAUUUGAAGUGAAAUUUCGUAAUAGUAAUUGGACUUGUAUAUUUUCUGUGCCUAUAUACAGUGCACUUUGAUCAUCCAAUGAAAGCGAAGCAAACACUAUCAUUCUGGUUAAAGAAUACUUAUAUGUAAGUGAUUAUCACGUCGAUCAGCUGUGCAGUGCAGACCACUCGCAGUAUGCUGUGUGGUUUGGUUUGACCGAACGAGUUAUUCGUCGUAACUGAAAUUAUAAAUGUACUAGGUACAUUUCUUACAAAAGAGAAAGAAUGUGUUAACGUAAAACGAUCUCAAAUGUAUAUACAUGCUUGUAUUUCAAAAGACAUUGUAAUUCCUUAGUGAAUCUACUGUUCACGCCCUGUUAAUUUUUGACAUAUACCCUUGAUAAAGUUAUGUGAUUAUGUUGCUUAAAGUGUGUCGAAAUUCUUCGUCUACAAUUAUUAAAAGGUGGCAUGUUUGUGGUGCUUCUUAAGCGCCUACACUACUUUAAAAAUUAAUAAUGGAACGAAAUGGCGGGAGAGAAAUGGAAGAACGAAUGUGUAUAAGGGACACUGGAAAGGCACUGAAAAAGUAUGGUAGUACAGCUAAACAUGUGUCAAGACAUGAGAGUCUAAUAAAGUACACUGUAACACCAUCUGAUACCCUCCAAGGAAUUGCAUUGAAAUUUGGAGCUACCACUGAACAAAUAAGAAGAGUUAAUAGAUUAUGGGCUUCUGAUAGUUUAUUCUUACGGGAAUACUUACUUAUUCCUAUUCAUUCAGAAAAUCCAUUAUCAUCAGACAAUACAGAAGAAACUGAACAUCAUUUAGUUCAAAGUAUUUCUAGUCCAUCUUCUAUAGCAUCAUCUAUAGAUGAUGAUAGUUCAGUUAAUGAUUUCUUAGCUAAAAUGGAUUCUUCUAUAGCCAAUGCUAAAAAGGAAGUUAAACGUACUCAGGGGAACAGUGAAUUUUGCACCGAGGAUAGCGAUAUCUUUAUACGACCACAUAAGACUUCUAAAUUACGUAAUUCACUACCUGUAACUUCAAACACACAUAACGUACCAUCCUCGUCAGAGUCUUUAAGACCAUCAUCUUCUGGCGAUAUGCAUAAUUUUCCGACUGCUGUAGUAAUGACUCAGGGCAGGAAAGUGAAAACGUCUUUACAAAGACUUCAACAACAACAAGACGAAAUAUUCCAGUUGUAGCAACUACAUUUUGUUGGUCUGUAAUACAUUUAAAAUUGACAAUGUCAUUAAAGAGCUUGAACAAAAGUUACAUGAAUACCAAGUAAUGUACUGAAAAUAAUAGAAAACUAAUUCAUAUUUGAUACUGGUUGAUCCACUAUCAAUUCGUUGUUUUUCAUAUAUUUGUUUAAUCUAUCUUGAUUGCAGUAAUUGAAAGUAUUUGUAAAAAUUAAUGCUGACCAUUUUUAUUCUUAUAGUCUGAGUACAAGUCUGGAUCAACUAGCUCUCUAUAUUGUCCAAACAAACAAUAUUUCUUAGCAAACCAUAUGUGCCUUUAAUCGAAGUAGACUGUAUAAAUAAUUCUGUCAUUCUUCUAAACAUUUUACGUUUAGAAAUAUUAAGUUUGGCUGAUUCACAUAAAUCAAAUUUUUAUCUUUAUUGCGGACAGCAAUAUGUUUUUCAAUACGACCAUUAAAACAAAUUCAAUUGUAUCAAGUUAUAUGUACCGCUUGUAACUUAAAUUGUACCAAACGAAUAAUUAUGGAACCUAUCAUUUAAAAUUUAAAAUAUUGAUAUGAUCCAAUGUUAAUACUCAGUAGUACAAAUCUACUUUCAAAACAAUUCUAUUGUCUUCCCUAGAAUGUUGUUAUUCUAUUAUUUCUUUAUGUAUUUUAUUUUUGUUUCACUAAGCGUUAAAUGCCAAAAUAGGCAAAUAACAGCUUAGAUAAAAAAUUUGUUGUAUAUGAAAUUAACUAAUUGAAUUAUCUAAACCAGUCUCCAACGACUAGCAACACGGAACAUUAUUCAAGUUAAUAUCAGUGCUCAAUUCUUAGUUACAACUACGUAAAAAAUAAUUUUGUAACUCAGUAUAUAAAUAAUCUCAAUCACGAACUUCGGUAGAAUUAAAUCUGCUAUUGUCUAAGAAUCGUUUGUACAUAAUGCACAAAUGAAUUUAACAUGUACACCCUAUUUGAAGUAUUAAAAAACUUUUUUUUUUUAGAUUUAAAAAAUA